AUGCGUCUCACAACCAUCCUCCUCUCCCUCGCCUCCCUGGCCGUCGCCGCUGAGCUCGGCAUCGAAACAACCCACUCGGUCGAAUGCACCCGCAAGACCCAGAAAGGAGACAACGUCUCCAUGCACUACCGCGGAACACUGGCGGCAGAUGGCUCCAAGUUCGACGCAAGCUAUGAUCGCGGUGUGCCGCUGAACUUCAAGCUUGGAAGUGGUCGUGUUAUCAAGGGAUGGGACCAAGGUCUCCUUGAUAUGUGUAUCGGCGAGAAGCGCACCCUUACUAUUCCCCCCGAGCUUGCUUACGGCGACCGUGGCGUUGGUCCUAUCCCCGGUGGAUCGACUUUGAUCUUCGAGACCGAGUUGGUUGCUAUUGAUGGUGUCAAGAAGGAUGAGCUGUAA